AUGCCCAGCACCGGCGCCUCCGCCGCCGAUGCGUCAGAUGCGGCUGCGAACAGCACUGGCGCCGCCUCCGCCGCCGAUGCGUCAGAUGCGGCUGCGCCUAGCACCGGCGCCUCCGCCGCCACCACGUCGGGUGCGGCUGCGCCUAGAGCCGGCGUCUCAGCCGCCACGGCGUCGAGUGCGGAUGCCCCCAGCGCCUGCACCUCAGCCAUCGCUGCGUCGGGUACGGCAGCACCCAACACCGGCAUGUCCGCCGUCGCUACAUCGGGCGCGGCUGCACCCAGCACCGGCGCCCCCACCGCCGCUGUGUCUGCUGCCUCUGCCGCAGGUGCCUCCGCCACCGCAGCGUUGUGUGCUGCUGAGUCUGGAAAUAACGUGCUUGUCAGCAUCACGUCGCGCACCACCGGGCUGGCAUAG